CUCACACACCAGCUUGCAAAUCCGAAAGUGAACAAAAAAAAUAACAUUUUUCAAUUAAAAUUCGCUGGAAAUAACUACGAGAAAGGUACAGCUGUGAUAAAGGAUUACACGUGUCUUCAACUUAAGCGCAAGAGAUAUUCAUUAAAAUAAUAGUACAGAUAUGACCUCAAAAUACGAAAGCUUUAAGCCCGUUCUUAGCGACUCGGACGACAGUGAUGAAGACGGAGUCGAGUUUGACUUUGAAAAACUGGGCCCCAUAGAUAUCAGUCCGUCGGAACACAAAUUGCAGCACACAUACUGUUUGUGGUACGGCAAAAAGGGAUCGGCCAAACUCAGAGCUCAGGAAUACGGACGUUCGAUUCACUUUAUCGGUCGAAUUGCCACAGUCGAGCAAUGGUGGUCUCUCUAUUGUUACUUAAUACGACCCACUGUCCUUAAGCCAUACAGAAUACUGCACUUGUUCAAGAGCGGCAUCAAGCCAAUGUGGGAAGAUGCGGCAAAUGCUCGAGGCGGAAAAUGGAUUGUAAGACUGCGUAAGAAUAAGGUGGAUCGGGCUUGGGAAAAUGUCUGUAUGGCCAUGCUGGGAGAGCAAUUCCUUGUGGGCCAGGAAAUUUGCGGCGUUGCCAUAUCAAGUCAAUAUCCCGAAGACCAUUUGAGUGUAUGGAAUCGCACGGCAUCGGAUCAGUCGUCCACGGCGCGCAUCCGAGACACGUUACGGCGAAUUUUAAACUUGCCACCGACAAAUCCCAUGGAGUAUAAGCCUCACUAUGACACAACUAAAUCGGCAAAAGCUGCGCCAACGCCCGUCGCUAAAUCUAGUUGAGUGAAACGAAUGGAGACAAAAUCACCUUUUUAACUUUAUUAAAGAAAAAACAACAACAACAACAACAAAUACUACAAAUAUUGUUCAAAGUUCUAUAUGCAAAUAACUCCAAUGAAUUUUUUAUUAUAAUUUUUAGUAUCGAUUAAAGUAAAGCUGAUAUUUUAAAGAAAUAUUGUAAAA